AGAAUUUUUAAAUUUAUAAAAAGCCGGCUCUUUCCCAUAAAAUCCUUAACUUUAUUCCAACCUUCCGUUCCAUACUCUCAGCCCCCCAGAUCCCCUUCUUUAUUUUCACCAAAAGAACAGAAACGUGUUGUUAAUAUUCUGUGAAGAUUGGUCAUUGAGGAGUUUGAUAGAAAGCUAGGGGAGUGGUGGUGCAGCCAUUUUUUCACCGGAAUCUUGUUUUUCCGGUGAAAUUUUAGACACCCUUCAAGCUAGAAGUGGGACAAUGUCAUAAGUAAAAACAUAUUUUUUUUUUCUUCGUGAAUACAGAAAAAAGGAGAAGAUGAUAGGGAAAGUGAGCUUGUUGUUUGUAUGUGGGUUUUGGGUUUUGAUGAUGUCGUCAGCAACGGCGACAUUAGUAGUUCGUGGGGCUGAAACGGCGUCGUUUAUAGAGGAAAGGAAAAAUGGGGCGCAACACAGAAAUGCGUAUGCGACAAUGAUGUAUAUGGGAACACCAAGAGACUACGAGUUCUAUGUAGCGACACGUGUCAUGCUCCGAUCACUUUCCCGGCUAGGCGUUGAAGCCGAUCUCGUUGUUAUUGCUUCACUUGACGUUCCUCUUCGCUGGGUUCGAACACUAGAACAGGAAGAUGGUGCAAAGGUGGUGAGAGUUAAAAAUCUGAACAAUCCAUACUGUCUCAAUCCUAAUUGGAGAUUCAAGCUGACACUGAACAAACUUUACGCAUGGAGCCUCGUAGAUUAUGACAGGGUUGUCAUGCUUGAUGCUGAUAACCUUUUCCUCCAGAAGACUGAUGAACUUUUCCAAUGUGGCCAGUUUUGUGCUGUCUUCAUUAAUCCCUGCAUUUUCCACACUGGUCUCUUUGUCUUGCAGCCAUCAAAAAAGGUGUUCAAUGACAUGAUUCAUCAGAUAGAGAUUGGGAGGGAAAACCAAGACGGCGCAGACCAAGGUUUUAUUGGAGGCCACUUCCCAGAUUUACUUGAUCAGCCAAUGUUCCAUCCUCCUCUUAAUGGUUCUAAGCUCCAGGGAAAUUACAGGCUUCCUUUAGGUUACCAAAUGGAUGCGUCUUAUUACUAUCUCAAACUCCAUUGGUCAGUACCUUGUGGACCUAAUAGUGUCAUUACAUUCCCCGGUGCACCAUGGUUAAAACCAUGGUAUUGGUGGUCGUGGCCUGUCUUACCUUUGGGCAUCCAGUGGCACGAACAACGACGUCUAACUGUUGGGUAUGGUGCUGAGAUGACAGCAGUGCUGAUCCAAGCUAUAUUUUACCUAGGACUUAUUGUAAUGACACGCCUAGCACGCCCCAAUUUAACUAAGUUGUGCUAUCGCCAUGAUGAUAGCAAGAGUAUCUUCUUACUACGAACUGGCCUGAAGUUGAUUGCUAUAUGGUCCAUUCUUGCUGCCUACACAGUUCCUUUCUUCAUCAUUCCUCGUACAGUUCAUCCACUAGUUGGCUGGAGUCUCUACUUACUCGGUUCCUUUGCACUAUCCUGUAUAACAGUGAAUACAUUCCUUUUGCCAAUGCUACCUGUUUUAGUACCAUGGAUUGGAAUACUUGGGGCCCUUUUGGUGAUGGCGUACCCUUGGUACAACGACGGUGUUGUAAGAGCAAUGGCUGUAUUUGGAUAUGCUUUCUGUGCUUCCCCAGCAUUAUGGGUGGCAUUGGUUAAAAUCAAGUCUUCACUUCAUGUUUCACUUGAGAGGGAAGGAUUCUUGCCUAAGUUAAGUGAAUCUACAGCACCUGCUGGUUCUAACAAACUGUAUUGAAAUUCUUGAAGUUGAAGGAAACAAAAAGGUGAAUUAAUUCUCCAAAUUUGCUGCUCGGCGUAGUAGGAGAUUGAAGUGUGCUUGUGCUAUCCUAGCUGCCUCAGUCUGUGUAAAAGAAAGGAAUGUGAGGGAGUACUGAUGUGAAGUACACAAUUUAGACUUUAGGAUGAUGUUUUGUGUUGUACAUGGACUAUCUCAGAUCUGUUGAUUUCUUGAAUGUUACUCCAGGAAAAAGAUUCAUUAAUUAAUGUGAGUUAAGCUAUAGCUUCUCUCUGAUUA